AUUUGUAUCUUUGUAUCGAUAAACAAACCUUUUCACCGAAUAACAUAGAAAAAUGACUAGAACAUCUGUUUUGGCUGAUGCCUUGAACGCUAUCAACAACGCCGAGAAGACCGGUAAGAGACAAGUCAUCAUUAGACCUUCCUCUAAGGUCAUCAUCAAGUUCUUGCAAGUCAUUCAAAAGCAUGGUUACAUUGGUGAAUUCGAGUACAUCGAUGACCACAGAUCUGGUAAGAUUGUUGUUCAAUUGAACGGUCGUUUGAACAAGGUUGGUGUCAUCUCUCCAAGAUUCAACGUUAGAAUCGGUGAUAUUGAGAAGUGGACUGACAACUUGUUGCCAGCCAGACAGUUUGGUUACGUUAUCUUGACCACUUCUGCCGGUAUCAUGGACCAUGAAGAGGCCAGAAGAAAACACGUCUCUGGUAAGAUCUUGGGUUUCGUUUACUAGGCUUAUAUAUAAUAAUUGGGUAUAAUGUGUGUAU